CCAGUGCUGAGUCGUUGGGACCGCAGUCGGGCUCCGAGUAAGCCAUCAGGUAACAUCGCUCCGCCAUCCAGCUAACACCGAUCUUUACAACAUAUGCGUUUCCUGUCAUUUGUUGCUAUCACUCUAGAUACGUUGAUUGGCGUGCAGUAAUCAAAUGCAAGAGUUGGCAGAACAAUAAUUACACCAGUCGUUGGUGGUUGAAAAGUUUCAAGUUUUGUUUGGUUUUGUGUGUGUGCAUAUGGCAAAUCGAAGUUUAAUCUUCUUUGAUUGUGGUUAUUGUGUACUUGUUUUGAAUGGUCGCUGUUCACCAAAGUUGGCACGGGCUGUACAGCCCUUUUCCAUGGGCUGCAUUUUUUAUCGGGAUCAAUGACACGGCAGUUCGUGCAUGAACAAUGAACCUGCAAAUAGACGUCUAUUGCAAUCACAGAGUUUCACGCCUACAUUUGGAUCUUCCGUCUUCAGUAUUCGCGUUUUGAAGUAUUGAGUGACAUUCGGAUUUUGCUAUCUCAUCGCUGGCUGUCCACCCACGUGUAGAUAGAGCCGGGAAUCCUGGAGUUUCCAUGGUGUUGCAUUCAGUAGACGGCAUCGAAGAUUUCACAGCCUCUCGAGUCGCUCAUCGAUCGAACUGCAACGCAAAGCCAAUCGUUGCAAAAGUAAGAAACACAGUUUGCAUAGUACAUCACGAACAUCAACAUGGAACGACACUUGACAUCUUCAAUUGCCCUCAAGCCGAGAACUCGUUACUGGCAAUGGUUUCUAUUCGCUCUACUGGCACUCAUGUGCCACACAGGUCGGUGCAACGAGGUGAGCCAAGUUGGGUCUGCUCCUUCCGAAUGGGCUGUCGCCGAAUCGAGUUCCUCUAGCUCAGCAACAACGUACGUGGCCGACGCCGAUUUCGACGUGAUGCCGACGGAAGUUCGUGUGGCGGCCGGCACCACGGCCUAUCUCAGCUGUCGGCCGCGCAGCUUACGGAAUAAAACGUGGUCUGUGCAGGUGUCGUGGGUGCGCCAUCGGGACCUGCACAUCCUCAGCGUCGGCAGGUCCGUCUACACGAAAGACGGGCGCUUCUCCGUUUAUCAUCAACGUCACACGGGAGAAUGGACGCUCCAACUGCGAUCUGUCCAACUCAAAGACUCGGGACUUUACGAGUGUCAGAUCGGAACUCAACCGACUAGAAGCUACUUCGUCCACCUGCAAGUUGUCGAACCGACGACCUCCAUCUUUGGCGGACCGGACAUGCACGUCCACGAGGGAAGCCCCGUCAACCUCUCCUGUUUGGUGUCGCAAGCCGUCGGACAGCCGGAAUUCUUCUUUUGGUACCACAACGGACAGGUCAUGGAGUUUGGCGGCGACCGGACUGAGAAGCGCCAGUACUUUCCCGAAACGGACGUCACUGUUAGUUCGCUCCUGAUCAAAGCCGCCCACGUCAGCGAUUCUGGCAAUUAUACUUGCCAACCGGCUCACUGCCCACCAGUUUCCGCCAAAGUUUACAUCCUCAAAGGUGAACAGCCGGCUGCCAUGCAGCGAAGCGGUAGCGCAUUGAUGAUGAACGCAGCCGGUUAUUGGUGGAGACUGUCGCUCGUUGCCGCUGCUAUGUGUUAUUCGUCGUACUCUGUGGGUUUGCUAACUUUGCCGAUGUCUGUAUUUCUAUUUGUAUCCUUGACGAGUGUACCCAAUUUUGGAUAACAACCACGAAAUCCAACAACUCCUUUACAACCUUCUUUCCCAUCCUUAAGAAAAAUUUAAAAAAAUUAAAUAA